AUGUUUCGACGGAAAAACAAAAAUGUCAAGAACUUAGUUCUUCAGCCCGUUUCGGUGACGGGCUACAACAACAAUCUGCUCCAACAGCAAUUCGACAACAAGGUCGAAGACUCUUUGGAACGGUACAUCCAUUCGACCGUCCAUCCCUCAUGGAUUCACGACCUCGACAACAUGAAGCUCGAGACAGUCCGGCCCAUUGGACAAGGAAACGGCGGGUCUGUAACGCUGGUUCGUUACAACCAGAUCUAUAUGGCAAAAAAGACUGUGUUUGUUGGAUCCAAUGUCAAGGUCCAGAAGCAGAUUCUGCGAGAGAUGGAUGUGCUCCACCACUGCAAGUCGCCCUUCAUUGUCGGCUUCUACGGCGCGUUUCUCGACACAAACGGGAUUUGUUUGUGUAUGGAGUACAUGGAUUGCGGGUCGCUUGACCGCAUCCUGUACAUGGGCGGUCCUCUGCCAUGUGACGUACUCGGGACGAUUGUCGUGGCUAUGGUGAAGGGCCUACAGUACCUUUACAACGUUCUGCACAUCAUCCACCGUGACCUCAAGCCGGCAAACGUGGUGGUCAACUCGGCCGGACUCAUCAAGCUGUGUGAUUUCGGCGUGUCGGGAGAGCUAAUCAACUCGAUGGCCGAGACGUUUGUGGGCACGUCGACAUACAUGUCUCCCGAGCGGAUUUGUGGCGAGAACUACACGAUCAAGAGUGAUAUAUGGUCGUUGGGUAUCACGAUUUACGAGCUUGCCACGCAGAAGUUGCCGUACGCUGGCACGGAUGCCGAGGAGGAACCGGCAGGGAUCCUGGACCUGCUUCAGCUAAUCGUCCACGAGGAUCCUCCCCGUCUUCCCGACACAUACCCUGAAAGCCUGCGCCUUUUCGUGGAAGCGUGUCUGCAAAAGGACCCUGCCAUCCGAGCAACUCCUCAACAACUGUGCACCAUGCCGUACUUUCAGACUGCCCUCACCACAAACGUUGACAUACGGUCGUGGGCUCUCCAGUACAAGAUUUAA